AUGUUAGUUAUCAAUUAUAUUAAUCCACAUAACAAAGAUUAUAAUAAAUAUAAUUAUUGGAUAGGUCCUAUUAGAAAAGUCUUUGCAAAUUCACACACAAAUACUAAAAAUCUUGAUGUUAAUGCAAUUGAUAAAAAUGUUUUUUUUGAUAAAAAUUAUUCAUUAGAUUUUUGUUUAAAAUGCAAUACAAUCAAACAACCAAGAGUAACUCAUUGUGAUAUUUGUGGAACAUGUAUUUUAAGACAUGAUCAUCAUAGUAUUUUAUUACAAACAUGUAUUGGACAACAUAAUUAUUUAUAUUAUUAUCUUUUUGUAUUAUUUACUGUAAUUACUACUGGUCUUAAUUGUAUUAUAUUUCUUCUUUUUCAAUUCAAAAAAUUACAUAUAGAAUGUCGUUUAAUUUCUUUAGGAUUUCUUUUUGGAAAUAUUUCUAUUCUAUUUGAAUUCUAUCAAAAUUUAAAAACAAUUGUUUAUCAACUUCAAUUUAAUUUUACUUGUAGUGAAUAUAAAAAAUAUUUAAACAGUAGAAGAAUGCAUUGUCAAUACCAUUAUGAUACUGGAAAAUUAACUACAAACAUACAUGAUGCUUUUUAUUGA